AUGUCAAGCCAACCGCGCAAUACAACCUCUUGCGAUGAGUGCAGACGACGUAAGCUCCGAUGCGACGCCCAACAACCUCAAUGUGGAUUCUGCUUGAGGUCUAAUCUUACUUGCGAGGCUUCAUCGCGUGGAAAGCGAGGGCCUAAGAGAGGUCAUCUCAAUGCUUUGCGGAACCGGCUCGGUCAGCUCGAAGAGAUAUUGCAGGACCGAAUGCAAAGUCCAGUAGUAAUUGGAAAUGCACAGCCCAUGUCGGCGAUCGGGACUCAAGAAGCCAUUUUUGGUAACCUGAACGAGUCACCAGAAGUGUCUCAGUUUGAGAUUGGGCUUCCAAUUGACCUUGCAGUACAUGCAGAAUUGGACCAGCUGUACUUCGAUCGCGUCCACCCUUCAUUCCCAAUCCUUCACCAACGCUCUUAUAUGGCAUGGUCAAGAUCAAGCACCAAAUCAACCACUCGGUUAUGCUUACAGCGUAUCAUGUGGAUACUUGCAAUCCUCCUCUCUUCCCAAUUCCGCGACAUGAUCGAGCCACUUUACAAACAAGUCACGCAGGAUCUAGAGUCCGUUGACUGCUUUGAAGUAGAGAAUGUUCAAGCUUGGGCGCUUCUCGCAGUGUGCGAGUUGAUGCGAGCUUCAUAUAGCCAGGCUUGGAUUACUGCUGGCCGAGUGUUUCGCUUGGUUCAAGCACUCCGUUAUCAUGAGAUCGACAUCCCAGGCAAGCACAAUCGCCCGCAAGAAAUGAUAGACAACCAGAAGACAGAAGAAAAGAGAAGAGUAUUCUGGAUGGCGUAUUUUCUCGACCACCUCUUUAGUUUGCGAAAUGACUGGCCUGUCACCUUGAACGAACACAUGAUCUGCACAAAGUUACCAAUCCCCGACGAGGAGUUCCAAACAGGUCCUGAAGCCUCAGGCGCCUUUCUCUCUCAAGCCAUAGCAGAUCCUAUUCUCACGCAGCCUUCAUUCAACAAAUGUCUUGUACUGGUAACGCUCUGCGAUCGGGUCUUACUUCGCAACCGCCACGAGACCAUUUCCAAGGCAUACGGAGACUGCGAGACAGACUCGAACGGGCAUUGGAACUUGCUGGAAAAUAUCCUUGCUACCAGGAACCGGAUGCUCUCCCAUGAGGACUCAUCAAAUCCGCUGGGAACCCUGGCGAUAGUUCUGGGCCAAGUUAUAGAACUUCUGUUUUACAAGGGUAUCAUCAAGCCAGCCAAAAACCCCUCCUCUAUAACGCAAAAUUGCUGUGCACGCGCACUGAUGGCUGUAGGAGAGAUCAUCCGCCUUGUGCAAGGAUUGAAGGACCAGCACGUCUCCAAGACCGAAUUAUGA